AUGGUUUUUGCUUUCCCUUUCUCUCUUGAAGCGCAAGCAAAGACAUGGUUUUAUUCGCUACCGGAUGAGAUUGCUACCAAUUGGGAUUUCUUGAGAAGAGAGUUUCUAGAUAAAUUCUUCCCACCAGAGAAGAUCGACUACAUCCGGAAGGAGAUUUCGGGUAUAAUACAAGGAGACCAAGAGAGUUUGUAUGAGUAUUGGUCUCGGUUCAAGAGGCUAUUAGAAUAUUGUCCACACCAUAGAAUGAACACUCACUUGCUCAUUAGCUACUUCACCGGAGGUCUUUGUGUGAAAGAUAGAAGAUUGCUCACCGCUUCUAGCGGUGGUUCCCUUUCGAAAAACAAGACGGAGGGAGAAACUUGGAGUUUGAUAAAGGAUGUUGCCGAAGCUACACAACAUACAAGGGUGAGAAGUAAUCCUUUCAAGGGUGUGGUAGAACCCUCCCCUUCCGAAUCAAGCCUAAUCAAAGCACUUGGGGAUAUGACCACCAUCCUCACGCAAAUACAAAAGGAUCAAAAGGAAUUCUACUCCAUCCAAGCCGUCCAAGCUCCAUUUCCAGUUGCUCAACUUGAAGGCCCUCCUAGGAUUUAUGGGUGGAGGGAUAAUGCACAAGGGAGCAAUCAAAACCAAAGAUGGAACAACUCUCCUUCUCAUCACAACAACAACCAAUCUUCAUCUCAACACCACCACAACAACAACAACUACCAAGCCAACCAAAAUUAUCACAACCAAAACCAAAAUAACUACACCAAGUACCAAGUACCACACCAUAAACAACAAUCUAACCAAACCUCUCCAUCUCCCACCAAUCAAGUUGAUGAGCUUAGAGCCACUGUGGAUAAAUGGGAUGAGGGCUGUAAGGCUCAAUUCGAGGCCAUGAGUUCUCAAUUGGCCAAUUUCACCGACAUGAUUUUGAAGAUGUCCAUGUCCUCCUCCAACAAUACCAACCAACCCUCAAGUUCUUCCAACCUUCCAUCCCAACCCCAACCAAACCCAAAGGGCGGUCUCAACGCCAUCACCCUACGGUCGGGAACUACAUUAGAGGAGAUACCUCCAAGGGUCUUGGAGGACAUUCAUGAGGAAGAAGUGAUUGUUGAAGCUCCAUAUGAAAAGGGGGAGGUAGACAAGAGGCAUGAGGAAGAAGGAGUAAACCUCAAGAAACCCAAGAGGAAAGCUCUAGUGGAUGAGUCCAUCCUUAUUCCAUUCCCUUCCAUGGUGAAGAAAGCAAAGAAGACACCGAAAUUUGAUUUGAACAUGCUUCAAGUGUUCAAGAAGGUUGAGGUAACCAUACCACUUCUUGAUGCUAUUCAACAAAUUCCAAAGUAUGCAAAAUUCUUGAAAGACUUAUGUACACACAAGGAUAGGAUAGGAGAUUUGGAGACAUUAUCCUUGGGUAGUUCAAUUUCUUCCUUGAUGGAACCUAUUCCAAAGAAAUGUGGUGACCCUGGGCCUUGUUUGGUGUCUUAUUGUAUUGGUGGACACACUUUUCAUGAUUGUAUGUGUGAUCUUGGAGCUUAUGUAAGCAUCAUGCCGCUUUCUACCUUUGUGCGGUUGAAUUUAGCUCCAUUAAAGAAGUCGGCGGCAAGGUUUACCUUGGCCGAUAAAAGUGUGAUCACGGUAACAGGAAUAGCCGAAGAUAUACUUGUGGCGAUCAAGGAUUUGAUCUUUCCAGUUGAGUUUUACAUCCUUGAAAUGCCUCCAACAGAAAAUAGAAGCUCAUCCUCCGUUCUACUUGGUAGACCCUUCCUUAAGACCUCUAAAUUCAAGUUAGAUGCCUUCACCGGCACAUAUUCCUUUGAGGUUGGAGACAAGACUAUCAAGUUCAAUUUAGAAGAAGCCAUGAAGCAUCCUUCCGAAGAGCAUUUCGUUCUUCGAUGUGAUGUAAUUGAUGAAGUGGUAGUGAAAGUGCAAGAAGAAGACCAUAACAAGUUGUGCUACCACAUUGUUGAAGAGACGGAUGACCAAGAGGGUGAACAUGAGAAAGUUGUUGAGAAUGAACUCCGUGAGCUUGACGAAAAGGAACCUCAGCUUGAGGCAAGGAGUGAAUUGAAGCCUCUCCCAUCUCAUUUGAAGUAUGCUUUCUUAGAGGACAACCAAAAGUUUUCGGUCAUUAUUGCUAGUGAGCUUUCUAGUGAAGAAGAAGAAAAGCUCCUAGAUGUUCUCAGAAAGUACAAGAAGGCAAUUGGUUGGAGCCUCCCAAGUGCAUGCAUCGUAUCUUUCUCCAAGAGGGAGCUAGGCUGUGAGUGGGUGAGCCCGGUCCAGGUUGUUUCCAAGAAAUCAGGCAUCACGGCGGUUACAAAGGAUGAUGGUGAAGUGGUCACCAAGAGAGUGCAAAAUGCAUGGCGAGUGUGCAUCGACUAUAGAAGGUUGAAUGCCGCUACAAGGAAGGACCACUACCCUUUGUCCUUUAUCGAUUAG